AUGGAGAAGGAGCUGCAAAGCGACCGAAUUGAGUUGUAUGGUAAGUGGAGCAGCAGUUACUGCUUGAGAGUUGAAUUAGCUCUUAAACUUAAGGGAAUACCCUUUGAAAAUAUGGAAGAAGAUACCAAAAACAAAAGUGAAGCACUCCUCAAGUAUAAUCCUAUACAUAAAAAGAUCCCUGUACCUGUACAUGAUGGGAGAGCGAUUGCCGAGUCGCUUGUUAUCCUGGAGUACAUCGAUGAAACUUGGACUCAUGCACCAUCUCUACUCCCGGAAGAUGCUUACGAACGAGCCAAGGCUCGGUUUUGGGCGAAUUUUUAUGAUCAAAAGUUCCUCCCAAGUAGCUCUGCUGUCAUGAAGUCAAAAGGUGAUGAAGAACGAAAGAAAGCCAUUGAAGACUUAUUAGAGAACACACGGUUGUUAGAGGAAGGUUCUUAG